AUUAUAUAAAAGCCAAAAACAGAAUUAUAGUUCAAAAAAUUUAUUUCUAAUUCUCCUUAUUCACUAUAUUUUAUAGAAAAUGUUUAUAGUUUCUAGUAUUAUUAUAUUAUGUUCAACAAUCAUAUUGAUCCUGUUCCAUGUUCGAAAAAAAUAUUAGAGAAAUAGUAGCAGUUUCACGAAAUGGAUAACAAAACCGAUAUCUAAAGUUUAAUAUGAUACUCACGCUUUGAGAGUGUACAUCGAAUGAAAGGAAGAUGAUGACAGAAUAAUUAAAGUGUUUGUCAGUCUCUAAUAGUAUACCAUGUAACUCGCGGAAAUAAUUAUCGAUGACCGACGAGGAACUUCCGCUGUCAAGAUUGGAAACUAAGUGCCCAGGUAAGUGACACUUUGUAAUGAUUAUUCUAUUUUACGACGGAAGGAAGAUCUAAAUAUAACAAAUAAGUUAACUUUCAUGUUCAAUGACUAAACUGUUUUGGCGGAAAAUAUAAUUGUUUUUAUAGUGACAUAUUUCUGUCAUUUUGUAAUCAUACAAGUAAAUUAAUUAUCACCGAAUUAAAAGAGAAGACGAAGUUACACGAAAUCUGACAUUAUCAUACUGUUAUUCCGUAGUUAAUAAAAACUCUUUACAUCAUUACUAAAAACCUGUUACAUCACCAUACGUGUUUCUGAUUUUCAGAGUGAAUGUUAAUACGCAAUGACGACUUAUAUAAAAAAUAAUUGAUAUACAAUGGAAACGUAGAGCAAGCAAUUGAUUACGAAUUCAAUGUCCAGGAUGAGUCAGGAAACGCCCGCGAGCCAAUCUGCCAGUCGUUACAAUUCGAUGCACAGUUAAUGGCAAUUGUCUUGUUAUUACGCGAAAGGUAAAAUACAACUUCUAAAUUAUAUCUACCUCCAAUCGAGACUCUUUCCGCUCCCCGCAAACUACGAUCGGGAUACAAGCCGGCGUCUGCUAAACGACAUACUUUCUCUAUUCCAUAUCCUCAGAAAGACAAUAGAGGUAAAGAGACCAUCGGACAUAAUGGUUUUGAUUUCAUUCUGCAUGGACGACAUACGAUGAAAGGUGAGAGUCAUCAAACUCGAUUCCCAAUCAAAUAAUUUUUUUAUCUAAUUUAAAAUGAAUAUUAUUGAAAAAUUGAAAAAAAGACAUAUUAGAUAUCAAAGAAAAAGAAUCCAAUUAAUACGGAUAGGAUAAUUACAGUUGUAUGGAUGACAAACAUUUGAAAGGUUUCUUAGACGGAGUUAGAACACCUGUUGCAUUAAGAGCAUUUUUUUAUAUAUUUAUACAGCGGAUACCUUUACUUUCGAUAAUGGAUGCAUGGUGAUAAGCGCGUCGAUUAACGGAGAAAAUCGAUAUUCUAAAGAAAUAGCGCAUGUUACAUGUCGCGACUUUCGUUCGCGUGAUUCGACUUGCGAAUUUUGACAACGGUAACACCUCGAGCCCUUCCUUUUCCGCCUUUCUACAAUACAUUUCGCGAAGUGCAUCCGAUGACCCCUAAUUGCAUUCUACGUCGCGAAUUUCGGCUCGCGUUCGUGACAAGCUUAAGUUAAAACAAUGGAAAUUAAGGAAAGCAAGUAAACAGUUCCACGAAUGCAACAAUUUAGCAAUCUGACGCAAUAAAAUGCUAACAAUAUCAUUUUUCUGUAUCGUUACACCUUUUUAUGAUAUGUUCGUGACAUUGCAUCUACUAUGUUGCGUGAUUUCUGUAUUAACUGUAUUUACUCUUAAUGCAAGUAUAAUUUAACCCAUACUCAUUAGAAGUGUAUCUAUACAUGUGUAUCGCAAUAUUGAAAUUAAAAUAUUACUAUAUUAAAAGUUAACUUAUUUUAAUAUUAAAAUUCAAAAGCAUAUCGCGAUUAUAAAGUCGCAAAUUUUAACAAAAUGGGUUUUAUACUUGAUCGUAUUUUGUGCAUGAUAUUAAUAUAAUUAGAUAAGAGAAUAUUAAUAUAGGAUUUGGACAAUAAAUAUGAAAUAUUAAAACUAACAUUUUAUUAUGACAAUUUUUUUAUGUGAUUCUCACAGUUAUAUUUUUGUCAAAAUUUUGGAAUCUCACUUGCGUAAGAUAGAAUACAAUAUGAUUACAUAAUCUUAUAAUUUAAUGUAAAAUGGAAUGGUCAUAUCAAGAACAAGAGAAACAUCAAUUGCUGAUCAUCUCGUUAUUUGACGUUAAUCUAUUUUUUUAUUACUUAACGCACAUAAUGAGACAGUAUAAAAUCAACUUAAUUAUUAUUUUUAACGAAAUCACGCGCGAGCGUCAAUUUUGGCAAACGCAACCCGGCAAGGUGGAUGUCACUUUCUUGAUAACCGGCAAAGUGGGAGUCUCUAUAAAGAGAGGAUAUUCCACGACGAUGGUCAGUGAGUUCAGUGAGAGUGCCGUGAUCAUUUCGCCGUACCGUGAAAGUCAAAUAUGAAGCUGACGGGAUUCUUGACAGUGACGGCAUGGUGCUCGAUAAUCGUGGUUCGAUCGGAAACCAUGGACGUCGACCAGGAAACGUUGCUGAAGAGGGCGGCCGAGCAGCUCGAUCGAUUAACGCCGUAUCGGAAGACCGGCGGAUCGGAAGAGAGCGCGGAGAUCAAUCUGACGGACUUGCUGGAGAGCUGGAAACCCGUCGCGGAUCAGAAUCACUUGGACGGGACGAAGAACGACGCGGAUCAAGGUGUACCUUGGGAGGUGCUCGAGAUGCUGCCGGAACAAUCGGAAUCGGGAGAAACGGAAGAAACGGAGUCGGACGCAACGAAGCGAGCGGACGAUAACGAGGGAAUGUUAACGAUCGGCGUUAUCACUGAUCCGCAAUAUGCUGCGAUGAUGCAGGAGAGGAUCAAGAGAGGCUACAACUCUGGAUCUGCUAGUCUCCUGACCAGCAUAGCGGGUGGAGUGCUCAGCGGCGUCGCGAGUGCAUCCAGCAGUUCCGCGGGAAAAGCAUCGGCCAGUAGUUCGGAAUACAAACCGACCUAUAGCGCACCAGGGCACUAUUCGUAUGGACAACAGCCUUUCGGUCCUUGGGACUUCAAGAAAGCAAUCUUCGGCACGCUCUUCCAAGCACUUAAGGCUAUAGGCGGUGGCGUACUAGCUCUGAAGGGUCAACUGGUCAAGGGCAGUGGUUACCUGUUAGCGGCUAAGAGCAAAGUCUUCGGCAAAACUGGUGACGCUAUCACAUAUUAUGGUAAACAGCUAGCAGCUAGCGCAUUGACGGAUACAAAACCUCCACCGGCCUAUUACCCUCCACCGAUCCAGCAUAUAGAACAUGAUCCUAGUUAUCAGGGACCACCGCCAAGCCUCGACGAUUACUCUGAAGCAAAUGAGUACGCACAUGAGACCUACGGCGUGCCGUCAGAUGACAAUGAUCAGGGUGGCCUGCUGAUCGUGACGCCGACAAAAUCUGACCUGGACGAGCACAACGACCAACACACGGACGUGCAAGCAAAGCCGGAUCUCGCCUCGUUGGAGGAAAGUUUCGGCGGACCAACCAAGGGCAGCGUCAUCACGAAUUUCUUGAGCAGCAUACCGAAAGGCAUCGCCAGCACAUCCGGGACGAAGGAUCAACCGGUCGUCACUCAGGACAACAACAACGUAGCUCCUUAUUCCACCAUUCAGCAUCCAGCCCCGGCAUUAGGCACGCUGGACCAUCAUUACACCACGAACCAUGACAAUCCAGUUCAGAAUUACGAACAACCUUAUCACGCCGGGCAAGAUGCUUAUCAGCUACCCCAGCUCCCCCAGACUGCAUUACCGCAUCAUCAUCACUUCCCAAAUCUGGACGAUGUGAAUCUGGGGAUUCAACCAGGCGCGGGGUACCCUCCGUUGCACCUGCAAUAUCCGGAUCUGCAGGGUGCCCUGCUGAAUUCGCCCAAGCUGCCGCAUGAUGAUGGCGCGUCCGUUUACUCGAGCCUGUCUAUAGAUACCGAGCCGCAGAUCGCAUCGCUGAAAGUACAUUCGAAUGCUCUCGAUCUGCCCAAGUUACAGGGUCAUGUGGACUUUCACGGGCAGCCGCACUUUGCGAAUCAUGUGCAUGACAGCUUGGGCGGUCCGUUAAGGAUAUCGCUUCUGAACUCGAAGCCAGCAUCCUACUAUUGGCAGACACACGGCUCGUUACCAACGCCGGGCUUCGACACGUUCCAUCAGUUUCACAAGAGGAACGCCCAUAACAGACGGAUGUUCGCCAAGCGACUCGCGCGUUACUCGUCGUUACAGAGGCGUCAUCGGGUCUAAGGUCGAAGCAGGUAACGCGUCGGUGCGAAUACGCGAAGUGGUCUACACGCUCGCGUAUUAUCCAUAUCCGGUACGUCACAAGUACAGAUACAGUCGCAAGUACAGAUCGUUGUAUCCU